UGGUGGAGUGCUCCGUUGCCAAGGAGAGAGUCAAAGCUAUCAGAAACAGGAGGAAGAGGGUAACACACGCGUCAUAAUAUUAUCGAGCGCUCUACAAGCAUCGAUGCAGGUGAAUAAAGCUAAGAGGAGAUUCACAAUGGAAAGAGAUUCUUCACUUGAUCUUCUUAACCUCUGGAUACUAUAACUGGGAGAAAAAGUUUCUUCAGCUUGGGGAUGAUUCAACAUUAUACCUAUUGUAACAAUAAUGCCACCAUUUGUUUUAUGACACAAGUGAACUGGAGCUUUUUUGGGGGCAAGGACAAAAAGACAAUUAAAUUUUAUUGUGAUAACUUUUUUUUAUUGAAAAAUGAAUCGAUACACAAUUCUAAAACAACUGGGAGAUGGAACAUUUGGAAGUGUUCUAAUGGGAAAAAGCAAUGAGUCUGGAGAGUUAGUUGCUAUCAAAAGAAUGAAAAGGAAGUUUCACUCUUGGGAAGAGUGCAUGAACCUGAGGGAAGUGAAGUCAUUGAAGAAGCUGAAGCAUGCCAACGUUAUAAAGUUAAAGGAAGUGAUCCGGGAAAAUGACCAUCUGUACUUUGUUUUUGAAUAUAUGAAAGAAAACCUCUAUCAGUUAAUGAAGGACAGAGAAAAUAAGCUGUUCAGUGAAAGUGAAAUAAGGAACAUAAUGUUCCAAUUGAUCUCUGGCUUAGCUUUUGUACACAAGCAUGGAUUUUUUCAUCGUGAUAUGAAACCAGAGAAUCUGCUCUGCAUGGGCCCUGAACUUAUAAAAAUUGGAGAUUUUGGAUUAGCUAGAGAAAUUAGGUCACGUCCUCCUUACACAGACUAUGUUUCCACCAGAUGGUAUCGUGCUCCAGAAGUGUUGCUGAGAUCUUCAGUUUACAGUUCUCCCAUUGACAUGUGGGCAGUGGGCUGUAUAAUGGCUGAGCUCUAUACUCUGCGGCCCCUUUUCCCAGGAAAUAGUGAAGUCGAUGAAAUCUUUAAGAUUUGCCAAGUGUUGGGAACAGUGAAGAAGAAUGACUGGCCGGAAGGCUAUCAGCUUGCAGGGGCUAUGAAUUUCCGUUUCCCACAGUGUGUACCAACACACCUUAAUACACUAAUUCCAAAUGCCAGCAAUGAAGCCAUUGCCCUGAUGAGAGACAUGCUACAGUGGGAUCCAAAAAAGAGGCCUACAACCACCCAGGCACUGCUGUACCCUUACUUUCAAGUUGGACAAAUUUUGGGACCACCUCCACAGUAUGUAGAGCAGCAAAAGGCCCAGAACAAACCAGUACAGCCAACAGAGCCGAAGCCAGUAUCCCUGUCUAAAACCGAGCCACAGUCUUCACCGGAGCCUAUCAUCGAGGUUCAGCCCAAAGUAAACCACCAACCACUGCAGCAGAUUCAACUGCCACAACAGAUGUCCAACCAGUCUGACCUACCAAAUAUGACCUUCAAACAGCACCAGCCAUACCUACCAACCACAAAUAACAGCCCUGCAGUUAAACCAGCUGCAGCGGGCAAUGAAAAUAGUAUUGUUGGUAGUAAAAGUGGCCGAAGGCGCUGGGGGCAGACUAUACUGAAAACCUCGGACAGCUGGGACGAAUUUGAUGAUUCAGACAUUGGUGUCUCCUAUUCAAAAAAGUGUAGUAUAGGAUCCAUGAAGGAAAAAAUAAAUGAGGAGUCUCUCUUUCGGUCUGCAGAACAGAACCCCUCCUAUGCAUAUGGUACUGGAAACAGAGUUACAGCCAAUGCCAUAGUAAACAGGAUAGAGUCAGGAGUUUCAAACUCAUCUUCAGCACGGCAACACUAUUUACAACAAUCAAGGUACCUUCCUGGUGUAAAUCACAAGAAUUCUUCAGUAGUAGUAGGAAAUAAAGAAUCAUCCCAAGAUCUAUGGGGCAAUUCUUCAACUUUAAUUACUAAACCACUGAGGCCAAUUGGAGGAGGAAUGUCAGUUAACAGAGCCAAUGCAGCACAUUUUGGAGGGACUCACUAUACUUCUGGAGUAUACAUCCCAUCAUUUCAGAAAAAGGAGGUUGGUUCAGCUGGACAGAGGAUUCAGCUGGCACCCUUAGGAGGUCCAUCUGCAAAUUAUGAUGGAUGGAAGACCAAAGCAGCACGUUCACAAUUGUCAGGCACAAGUUUCAACACUGCUGGAAAAAAUUCUGGUAACCUCUUAUCCCAGGCUCCACCAAUCCAACCUGUGCACGGAAGAAUAGACUGGGCAGCCAAAUAUAGUACCCAUCGGUAGCAUAACUUGUUUGUUUUUUUUUCUAUGAGGUCCACUUCUAAAAUGUUUGUGGUCUGACAACGUGCAGACCAGUCACCCCUGGAUAAAAGAAGCAAUACCUUUGAAUGAGCAUGUGAAUCAUAGAGAGGCUUCCGACUCUUACUACUUGAAAGUGAGAUUUUUUUUUUCUAUGAAUAAACUUUAAUAACCAAUAUAAAAAAAAUAAAAUAAAAUACAUGUUAUUUGUUAAGUUCCUUCGAAUAAACCUAUGUUAAUAUUGUUUUUCAUAAAGAUUGCUGUAAAUAUGGUGGAAUAAAAAUAUAUUUUGUAGCUUGAAGACAAAUAGAUCUGUCAUUCUUUAUGCCUGUGCUGCAUGCUAAAAAUGAAGAGCUUGGCCUUUCUGGAUAAUCAUUUUAAACAUUAUUAAAAAAUUAAACAGGGCCCUCCCAAGUGUUAAAAUGCAAUUGAAUUAAACUCUGUUUGUUGAGCAAUGACUGGAGUUUCCUACUGAGCCGUUUAAGUUAGUUUGAGGUUGUACAUCAGUUGGCCCCAUUUACUUUUAAGUAUUCUUAUCAAAUAAUGGUUUAGGACCUGCAUGAAAUGAAUUGCAGUGGGCUGCAUGGUUUCUUAUGGAGGGGUACCCGAAUCUCAGAAAGCAGUUACUAGAUGUACAAAUUGUGAUUGUUACAGAAAGAUGUAUGUUCUCUGCACCAUUCCCCAAUAAAAUACAGACACGCUAAACAAUUACUGCUUUUUAUGUAAUUUAUUCAUUUCAUUAGAAUCGUUUUUAUUUGUAACUCUUGUCGAACACUGUAUUAAAUGUAUUACAAUCUCGAAAUACUGUAGCUAACUAAAAUGUUUGUCAAAACAAUCUUUUAGUUGUAAA